CCUCAGCACCGACCGUCCGCCCGCAGCCAGCCCGAGGCAAGAGUAGAAAGGGAGAGAGCCCGAGGCCCGCAAAGCGCCAUGGGCCAAGCUCUGCACGUGUCGAGAUGCGACUUGCAGCCGUCGAGGAACAACGCGGCGCACCGCACGGCGGCCGUCAGCACCGAGCGCCUGGUGGUGCGGCGCGGGCAGCCCUUUGCGCUCACCCUCCACUUCCGAGAGCCGCUGCCUGGAGCCCCCCGGAGGUACCUGCGCAAGACCUGCCUGGUCGCCCAGACGGGGCAGCGGCCAUCCCAGGCGGACGGGUCCCUGGUGCGCUUCCCCAUCUCCCGCCGGGGCCGCCAGAGCGGCUGGGAGGCUUUCGUGGACGCCCCCGAGACCCUCUCUUGGACGCUGAUCGUGACCUCGCCCGCUGACGCCGCCAUCGGCCGAUACUCCCUCCUGCUGCAGCAUGGCCGAGGGGCUCCGCGCCCGCUGGGCACCUUCACGCUCCUCUUCAACCCCUGGUGCCAAGAGGACAGCGUCUUCCUGCCAAACGAGGCGCAGCGCCAGGAAUACGUGUGCAAUGAAGAGGGAACCAUUUAUUGGGGGCUGGAGGAGGCGCCCCAGCAGCAGCCCUGGGACUACGGUCAGUUCGAAGAGGACAUUGUGGACCUCAGCCUGGCCCUGCCGGCCAUCGGCCUCUUCUGGCUGCAGGAUGCGCCCUGCGACCAGCGCAGCGACCCUCUCCACGUCUGCCGCCUGGUCACCUCCAUGCUGAACAGCAAGACGCACCGAGCGAUCCUGGAGGGUGGCUGGAGCGGGGACUACAGCGACGGGACGUCCCCUUUCCAGUGGCCGGGCAGCGCCCACAUCCUGCGCCAGUGGCUGGCAGCGCGAGGGCAGCCUGUCCGCUACGGGCAGUGCUGGGUCUUCGCGGGGGUCCUGUGCACAGUGCUGCGGAGCCUGGGCAUCCCCACCCGCGUGGUCACCAGCUUCGCCUCCGCUCAAAACACGGCCGGCCGCUUGCGCGUGGACGAAUACUUCGACGAGAGCGCCGCCCUGAUCCCCGGCCUCUCUGAGGCUGCUGUCUGGCCCUUCCACGCCUGGAACGAGUGCUGGAUGGCCCGUCGGGAUCUGCCCCCCGGCUAUGAUGGAUGGCAAGCCGUGGAUGCCACGCCUCUGGAAGAGGGCAGCUGGUCCUUAUUUUGCGGGCCAGCCCCUGUUCAGGCCAUCAAGGAAGGCCGCCUGGACCUGCCCUACGACGUCGCCACCUUCUUCCAAGCCACCAAUGCCACCUGCACUGCCUGGGUGCGACAGGACAACGGGGAUUUCCAGCGCGCCUUUUCCCCCACAAAGUUCGUGGGCAACAACCUCAGCACCAAGGCAGUGGGCAGCGACCGGUGUGAGGACCUCACGCACCACUACAAGCACCCGGAAGGGUCUGCGGCAGAGAGGGCUGUGCUGAACAAGGUCUCUCGCGAACAGGGGUGGCUCCAGGACCAGAUUGAGGGGGACAGCAGCCCCCCUCAGCCUCCACUCACCCCUCUGGCCCAGGAAGACGACACAGUGCCUCUCCUCUUCGCUCAAAUCCAGGCAGAGAGCUCCUGGCCACUGGGGCAAGACGUCCCAGCCUCUGUGUUGGUGGUGAACCGGACCAGGGAGGAGAAGAGACUGGCACUGGUUUUGGGUGCCCAGCCACUGCAGUAUGAUGGCAAGGCCCUGGCACAGUUCUGGAAGGAGGAGUAUCACUUCACUCUCCCCGGUGGGCACGAGGAAGCCCUAAGCAUCACGCUGCCUUACGCAGAAUAUGGCCCAGCCCUGCGCAACAACGCUCUCUUGCUGAAGCUGACGGCGCUGCUGAGAGACACGGCCUCCCGUAGCACCUACCUGGCCUGGCACGAAAUCUGCUUCUGUGCCCCCGGACUCAACAUCCAGGUCCCUGAGCACACAGCCCAGUUCCAGGGCACCCAAGCUGAGAUCCGGCUCCACAACCCCCUCCCGGAGCCCCUCCCAGGCUGCCUCGUCUCCGUGUCUGGACGGGGGCUUGUCCACAAGACCAGGAGCUACAGGCUUGGAGACAUCCCAGCCGGCAGUAGCACAGCACUGAGGAUCCCGUUCACGCCGACCCAGGUGGGGCUCCGGAGGCUGAUGGUGCAUGUGGAGACCCCCCUGCUCCAGCCCCUCAAGGCCUGCAGGACCAUCCAGGUGGAGGCAGCAGCUUAGAGCUUCUCUAGAGCAACAGCCCGCCCCCCCUGCUUUACCAUUAAAUGCACUUGGAG